AAAAGUGCAAAGUGUGUUCCUUCGCCUGGUGCUUUUCUUCGUAAAUGACCAACUUAGUAUCUACCUCCGGUUUGGUGCUGUGUUGCUAAAAAACCAAUUGCCGGUGGCUUGCUGGUUAUCGUGAUAAAGACAACUUCGCGGCCUAAGGCAAAUCUUCCUCCAGCAGCGACCGCCCGGAGUCACUAACGAUGGAAAAAAAAGAAGAGCUGGUCGCAAAGUUGACGCCAAUGCAGUACUACGUGACGCAGACGCAGGGCACCGAGCGUCCGUUCACCGGAAAGUACAACAAAUUCUACGAGAAAGGUACCUACAUCUGUGUGGUGUGUAGCCAGGAGUUGUUUAGCUCGGAAACCAAGUACGACUCUGGAUGUGGUUGGCCAGCGUUCAAUGAUGUGCUCGAUCGAGGCAAGGUGACGCUGCACACCGAUCCCAGCAUUCCCGGGGGCAAUAUCCUAUUGUUAAUCACACAACCAGGCCGCAUGCGGACGGAGGUACGGUGCGCGAAGUGCAGCGCCCACAUGGGCCACGUGUUCGAGGACGGGCCGCCACCGACCCGAAAGCGUUACUGCAUCAAUUCGGCCGCGAUCGAGUUCAUGGCCGCCGGUUCCGAACGAAAGGAUGGAUCGAGUGAUGGUGGCACAAACCCUUCGCUGGCCAAGCGAACGCGCACGGAAUCUCGUGAUGAAACCGAGCUGUCCAACGACAGCACGGAGUCUUGCGAAAAUACCGGCGAGCUGUUCAAUGGCAACGGCAGCACGGAGUCUUGCGAAAAUACCGGCGAGCAACUCAACGGCAGCACGGAAUCGAGCGGCCAAACCGGCGAGCUGGUCAACGGCAAAGAUGCCCCCGCGAAAAAGACGAGCAGCGAUAUUGAUAAGGAUCAGAAGCACUUGGAUUUGAUUGACAACGGCAAAGUUCUCCAGAUAGUUUUAAAGAACUUUAUGUGCCAUAGGUAUUUGUGCGUCCGUUUCAACAAGCACGUCAAUCUGCUCGUCGGUAAGAAUGGGAGCGGAAAAAGCGCGGUUCUAACCGCCCUUACCGUCGGGCUCGGGUGCACUGCUAUUCAAACGAACCGGUGCACCAACGUGAAAGAUCUAAUAAAACAAGGCGAGUCGCAGGCUGUGAUCGAGAUCACACUGGAGAACCAAUACGCCGGUGCGUUUCAGCCGGACCGGUACGGAGAACAGAUUAUCUGUGAGCGAACGAUCAGUGCAACGGGCAGCGGAUCGUACAAGCUGAAGAGCGACAAGGGCAUUGUGGUGUCGACGAGUCGCAAUGAGCUGGAAAAGAUGCUGACGACUUUCAACAUACAAGUGGACAAUCCGAUCUGUGUGCUAAACCAGGACUCGGCCCGUACGCUGUUAAAAGACGCGGACGAAACGAAGCACUACCAGCUCUUCCUCAGGGCGACGCGGGUCGAGUCUAUCAUCAACAAGCUGGACUCCUGCUCCUCGGUUGCGCUCCAAAUGGCUCGGGUGCUGGCGGUGAAGGAGCGAAGCUUGGAAUACAUGGACCAGGAGCUGGAAACGCUGGAGGAGAAAAAACGGGCGCUCGAAUCGGUGGAACGAUUGACGGAGCAGCUCACCGAAAUGCGGACGCAACUGGUGUGGCGCAACGUUGCCGACCAGGAACAGCAGCUGGCCGCGGUGGAUGACGAGCUCCAGCAGCUGCGGCAGUCGAUCGAAGAGCAGGAGCGCCAAAUUCGGAACCGUGCAUCACUGAUCGCAGCGACCGAUCGUUCGAUAAACGAGCACCGGGCGGUCAUCGAGGCCAAGAAGACGGAGUACGUGACGCUGAAGGAGUCAUAUUCGGAAGUGCGGCGAACGGUGCAAGAAACGCAAACACGGCAGGCCCAGGUUGAGCGCACCAUAAGGAAGACCACCGAUCGGCUGGCACGCAUCCAAGAGGAAGUGGCCGGCAUCGAACGGGAGCUCGACGAGCGUAACAAAAGCGGCUUGAGCCAGGUGGAGCAGGACAAGAGGCAAAAUGCAGCGGAACAGGAGGAGCUCGUCCAGAGGAAGAGUGAGCUGCAGGCAACGAUAGUGGACGCUCAGCGCGACGUCGAGGCGAUGCACAACAAGCUGACGCAGCUCAAGGAUAGCCGCGAGGAGCGGCACCAUGCGCGGGUCGCGAAGCAUCACGAAGCGUCACGCGUUGAGCAACAGCUGGAGCGGUUUGCGGCGGCACCGCGCAGCAAGCUGGCCAUCUACGGCACCCAAAUGCCGGCCCUCGACGCCCGCAUCCGGCAGCUGCACCGAGAGGGCAGGUUUUCCGAACUCCCGCGUGGCCCGCUCGGCCAGUAUAUCGAGGUGCGCGACAAGAAGUGGAGCACCAUCGUUGAGAUGGCACUUGGAGCCUGUCUGUCGGCGUUUUUCGUCGCGACCCAGGAAGACUGGUGCACACUUGAUGCGCUGCUGCGCCACGAGUUCCCGGAGCUGAACAAUCGGACCAUCUUUACCGGGCGCUUCGUAAAGGAGCUGUACGACGUGAGCGAAGGGUGCGUGCAGGAGCUGGACGGGACGCACCGGCUGAUGAACCUGAUCCGGGUGCACGACCCGGUGGUGAUGAACCGGCUGAUCGACAGUGUGGCGAUCGACACGAUCCUCGUGACCGAGCAGCAGAGUGUCGCCAUCCAGCUGACGAGCGAGGUCGAGAAUGUGCCCCAAAAUCUGGUGAAGGUGAUCGUCACCGACCCGUGUUCGGAGUUCUAUCCUCAGCCGAAGUACCGCAGUUACGCGGUGCACACGAAACCGGCGCGAUACCUUCAGGUCAGUCUGAACGAGUUAAAGCGGCAGACACAGCACCGUAAGGACCAGUUGCAGCGAGAGCUGCUCGACCUGAACCGUUCGGUCGACGAGGCGCAGGCGGCCCAGAGGGAGCAGAGCGAGCUGCUCCACGAGCGGCAGCAGCAACUAAAGUGCUUCAAGCAGGAGCUCCACACGAUCGAGCAGCGUUUGGAACAGCUGACGGCGGUGGUGUUUGUGGAGGAAACCGAGGAAGCAACGCUACGCAACGAGUUGCUACAGCUGGCCGCUCAACGCACGCAACUGCAGGACGGAAUGGAAGAGAAGCGGCAGGCACUCGGGGCAAUCGAGACGACGGUGCGCGCGGAAGAGCUGGCGGUGCAGGAGAAGAAGAACGCAAUGGCUGCGGUCGAGCGAGAGAUUGCACGGUUGCAAGCGGCGAUCGAUGCGGACCAAACGAAGCGACACGAUCUACAGACGAACGACAAGGAAAAGGUUCAAGCGCUGCAGCGUAUGCAGGGCACGGCAAAGGAGCGUCAAACGGCACGCACCGCUCUCUCGGAGGCCGUCGACCAAGCGAGGCAGGAGGCCCUGGCCAGGGGAGACCGGGUCGAACUAAAGGAUGAUACGACGGUGGAGAUCUUGAAGCAGCAAAUUCAUUCCACUGAAAAACGCAUUCGGCAGGUGAACUCCACAGUAGAAAAUAUCGGCGACGUCGAGCACGAUUUGGAUGCCAAGAGGCGCGAGCGGGACGAAACCGCGCGCUACUGGAAGGCACUUGCGAAUGUAUCGUCGAUGCUGAACCACACGCGCCAAACCCGCUUUUGUGGGUUGCACAAAAUGAUCUCGGCCGCUGGCAUAACCCUGAAACAUAACUUCAUGGUCAUCAUGAAGUUGCGCAACUACGAAGGAACGAUCGUGAUUCACCAAAGCGAGCAGCGGCUGGAAAUGAUGACCAAAGUAAGCAAUGCGGUCUCGACGCCGAAAUCACUGUCCGGAGGCGAACGGUCCUAUGCAACGGUGGCCCUGCUGAUCGCGCUCUGGUCGUGUGUCAGCACGCCGUUUAUCUUUCUGGACGAGUACGACGUGUUCACCGAUCAGGUGAACCGGCACACCAUCACCCGACUGCUCCUGCACCAGGCCCGAAUGCGAGGCAAGCGCCAAUUCUGCUUUCUUACGCCGCAGGACAUGAGCGAGAUCAAGACAACACCCAACAUAACGAUCUACAGGAUGACGGACCCGGAACAUUGCUCUUCGUCGGUCGCCACAUUGGAGUAG